AAAUACGUCACUUUGUAUCGAAAGCGGAAGUUGUUGGCACGGGGGAACCAGCUGGACGAUGAGCCUUGCUAACCUCUAUUUUGGUGUUGUAUUAAAGGUUUCGUGACGUUCUGACGUGUGCUUGCACAGGGUUCACCAAGGUGUGUAGACAUGGAAGUGCCCAGCUACCUGCCCAAGCUGCUGUUGGAGCUCAACGAGCAGCGCAAGCGAGACUUCUUCUGUGACUGCAGCAUCCUCGUCGAGGGCCGCGUCUUCAAGGCUCAUCGGAAUGUGUUGUUUGCCGGUAGCGGCUAUUUCCGGGCUCUGCUGGUUCACUAUCUGCAGGAUAGUGGUCAACGCAACAGCACAGCAUCACUGGACAUUGUAACAGCCGACGCUUUCUCAAUUAUCCUGGACUUCCUCUACUCUGGCCGCUUGGGCCUGAACAGAAGCAAUGUCAUCGAGGUGAUGUCAGCUGCAAGCUACCUGCAGAUGACCGAUCUCGUGAACUUCUGCAAAGGAUACAUCCGCUCAUCUUUGGAAAUAUGCAACAAGGAGAAGGAGAGGAAUUCUGAGAAGGAGGACCAGGCACAGGGCGGAGGGAUGGGUCCCGCCGACAGUGGCACACCAGCCGCGGCACCCUCCAGUGGUUCGGGGGCUGCACAGCCUCAUUCCCAGGUUGCCGAGGCAGAUAGAGGGGCAGGUUUCGGUCCUGAGUGUGUAACCUCGGCAAGAACCCCCUCGUCAAUCCCUGCCGCCACCCCUCCAGGAACUCGCAGGGACAUGGACAGCGACUACCAUUCCAGGGAGGAGUUUGCAUCCGGGAGUGAAGGACAGAAGGGACACAUGGAUCAGACAAACCUCUCAUCCUCCUCCUCCUCUGCUAUGACCCCGGAGUUAGUAAACCCCAAGAUAGAGUACGAUGAGGAGCUUAUGGAGUCCCCUGACACCAAAGAUCUUAACCCCUAUCCUGGCCCCUCUCUGCAUAAUCCUCACCACAGCAGGCUACUUCCAUCAAGCCCGAAUGAACGCUCCUCCCUGGGAUACAGCCCUUCUUUUAAUGCCAGGCAGCUGAUGGAGAUGCUGGCCAGAGGCGAGGACCCCGGUCCCCUGGGGGACCGAGUGGGGCAGCGUUUUACCCAAGGACAAGGUAGCAGCACAGGAGGAGGCACAAUGGAGGAAAGUUUAGGUUUUGUGGGAUCGUCUAUCAUGGAGAUCCAGUCUGACUGGCUCGGAGAGGACACAGGCGAUGGCUUAGUAGUGCCGGUGAAACUCCACAAGUGCCCGUUCUGCCCGUACACAGCCAAGCAGAAGGGCAUCAUGAAGAGACACAUCCGUUGUCACACAGGAGAGAGGCCGUUCCCCUGCCCCAUGUGUGGCAAAAGGUUCACUAGACAGGAGCACCUCCGCAGCCACGCUCUCAGCGUGCACCGGCACUACUGGCCCGUGUCGUGUAAGAGCUGCCGGCGAACCUUCACCGGAUCUGGGGUUUCGGCGGGACUCAGGCGCUUCGGCAUCUGCGAGAGCUGCAACUGUGUGACCACCACCCAUGACGACUCCACCCCUGUCCACCCCGCCGGCCAACCAGAGGCCCUGGAGCGAGCGGACGGGGGUACGGACUGGUCCAGUUUUAUGGACGACGUGGACGAGGUGGAGGUCGGCAGAGUGGAGGACUUGGUGGAGAAGCAGAUGCUGGAGAGGCAGCUCGGCACUGAUGUGGGUCACACACUGUGACUCCGUCACCCUCUGCACCACCACUCACACUGCGGCCAUACUGCUGUUGAUGUUAAAUUAUUACUGUAAGAUGAUCUUAUUUAUUGAUUACUUAUAACCCCCACAUAACUUUUUUUACUAUUGAAGACACUGCACUCAUUUCAUGUGCCUGACAGCAAAUGGAUUCUGUGUUUGUUUGUUUUUUGUAUUUCCAAAUCAUAAAUGUUCUCUUUCACUUCCUGCCCAUGUCUUUGCACAGUCGAUCAAAUCCAUAUUUGCCUGUGUGAACUGUUCAUGAAGAGAACUUGGCUGUCCAUGGAAGAUGGACAAAGUAGGUUGUUAUAAUGUUGCGAUCCCAGUUUAAACCAGAAUAAAAAAAUAAAUAAAAUUGUUCUGGUCAUGAUGGGGCCACUGUGGGGGCGAGGUCGAACUGUCCUUCCUAUCUACUAUUCCUUGACCUCAGUGGAAAACGUCAUGAGGUCAAGGAAAGGUGUAAAGGAGACUGUUUGGACAUAGGAAAAGCCGACUGCUUAGAGAAUCUGACUCAACUUUCACUAAAGGUCGGUUGUUAUUGACGUGCGUCUGCCGUGGUGAAACUACAAAUUUCUGAAGAUGAGCUACAAAAAACCUCAGCGGCUCCAUCCAGCAUGUUUCAGUGUUUCACCACCGUGUGAUAUCAGAUAUAAAUGAUUCAUAUGUAACAGUAAUUUACAUGAUGACGUGCGUCUCCUCUGGGUCAUAUUCAUACUCUUCGACUUCUUCUACUUCUACUUCGGAUAGGAUCACUUACAUCCGUGCAUGGUGCGUCACGUUAAAUAUCGCUGCCGCAACGAAUUGUGGGGCGUUUAUAUCUCCUCACUCUCACUUAGGAUCUCCAGUAUACCCUAUGCUGAAGGAGAUAGGAAAGGAAGCAUUGAAGCUCCUUUCCUAUGCAUUUAGAGAAUCUGAACAGCUUUUAUCAUGGCUGCUGAUCAAAUACCUCCGGGUCACGUCAAGAUUUAGGAAACUUCCUAAGCCAAUUUGACAAUUCAACCGCACCCGAGGUAAUCUGACAAUAAAUGUGUUGAGUAACGGUG